CGUUGCACAGAGACAUUUCUUGCGCUCCCAACUGUUGGCUGGAAGCACCGGUCGAGCGCAGUCCUGCACAUGGUCGCUUUCUGUACCAGUUGGCACUGGAUGCAUGAAACACGGAUGUAAUUUCCCCGCUUAUUAAAAGAUGCCUACAGACAUGGAAACAUCCAUGAGCUACAAUGAUAGAAACGCUGCGUAACUGACAGCACGCCUACAACGACAAGGGACUGGUGCGCUCUGGCACCGGAGGAAAGCAGUCACCAAACUUCACACGAACAAAGCACCAAUUUAGGACAAAACACCGGGACACUGUGAGACUGAACAUGUUUCCUUGGAAUAAUUGUAAUCUGUAUUUAUAGCCUAAUUAUCAACUUCAGCACCAGAAUAAGGUGUGGAAAGCGUCCGUGUUGUGCUCAUUCUGCUCCCCCCGACCGCGCCAAUGUUAGGAUGGCUUGUGGCUCUGUGCACUGUGAUCCUGGUGGUCUUAAUUUGGCCAGGCUCUGCUAUGCUUCAAGGACUGGGGAUUUCACGGCAGGCAGCGAAGGACAAGACCGUGAGGUGUAUUUCAGACCGAGAGGGGAGCGACGGUGCGCAGACGGCCUGUGUGACCGAUGAGAAAACACGCACCGUGGCACUCAUCUGCAAACCGUCCGCGUUGGCCAACUAUCUCCUAAAACACUGCAGGACUUUCAGCAAUUACUCGCCGUGUGUCGGGUGGACGUGGCGGGCCAGCGCCUUCCUCCUGAGUGUGUAUGAGGCGUGCUGGCCGUACGACAGUCCGGUCCAAUUUGUGCGGGACAACCUGCAGCUGAGCGACGAUGGGCUGUUGGCCUUGGACUGGGCAGUUCCGUCCUACCAGAAACGACGCAGGACUUCCAGUCACUCCACCAGCCCGGUUCUUCUCAUCAUCCCAAACUCUUUUGGGAAGAUCACAAGAAAUGUGUUGAAGUUGUGUGAAACAGCUCUUUCCCACGGCUACCUCCCAGUAGUCUUCAACCGCCGCAGCCAUAACGGCACACCGCUCACCACCCUCAAACUGCAGCAGUUCGGUGACCCUGCUGACCUGCGAGAAGCUGUGCGCUACAUUCGCUAUCGGCAGCCUGCAGGAAGACUGUACGCAGUGAGUGAGAGCACCGGGUCAGGUCUUCUCCUGUCUUACCUUGGGGAGUGCGGAUCAUCGAGCUACGUGACAGCGGCCGUCUGCCUGUCACCCGUGUUCCGCUGCCAGAGCUGGUUCGAAAAUGGACUCUGCUGGCCCCUGCAGUGGACUUUGGUGCUCUACCAGAAGAUCUGCCUCAGCAGGUACAGGACAGUGCUGGGUGAGACCAUACAGACAGACACCCUGUUUUCUAGCUGUUCCUUGCGUGGCAUGGAGGAGACGCUGUUCUGUCAGGCUGGCAGCAGCAGUAAUACUUCAGGUUCUUGGGAUGCUUACUGGGAACGUAACGAACCCUUAAGAGACGUGGACGAAGUGGCUAUUCCUGUUCUGAGCGUGUGCGCUCAAGAUGACCCUGUCCGUGGUGACACCCAAUCCACGGUGCCCCUGGAACUCUUUGAGACCAACCCACAUUUUUUUCUCCUCCUAACAAGCUGUGGCGGUCACUGUGGUUUCUCCACCCAGUCCGAGGGGAGUGCCGCUGGUGGCUCUGUGGUUGCACCGAACACUGGGAUGGAGAGCUGUGGGACCAAUUGGAGCCACAAAGCUCUGCUGGAAUUCUUUCGGGCGACCACAGACUUCUUUGCUGCAGAGGAGAGAGCAAAGCAACUCGCUGCAAGGAGGAGGGGGCUCGGGGGAGGCUCAGGGGGGAGGGUUUUCCGCCACCGCAGCGUUAGUACAUGUAAACGAAUGCCAGCGUGUUCCCAUAAUAUCCAUGCCAUUUACAAUUGGCAGAGGUCCUAUACACGAUGAGGGAGCUUGAUGGAAGUUGAUGGACUACACUUAUGCUGUUUUAAUUUGGGAUAUGAAGGACUGUCUGUAUGUGACUCUCAGCCACAAAGUGCUGUCAUAACCACAACUAGAAAAGUGCUCGGGUUUGUGAGGCACUGAGGUCAUGGAGAACUUUUAAGCGAGAGAGAGUGAGUGUUGUUAUCACAUGCUUGAUGUGAGCCGUAAAACACUAAGACACACAAAAAAAAAGCUCAUGACAGGCCACAAGCUUGCGUGCAGCUGUGUUCAAACUGUUCAAACUGUUGACAGUAAACUCUCAAGAUGGGUGGCUUAUCUAUUUUUCUACAGACUGAUAACAAGUCUCUUCACUGCCAGCUGUUGAAACUUAAGGAUUCUGUCACAGAUUUAUUAACACACACACGUAUUGAUCCAUUAAUUAAUCACAUUUUACACAGUUUGCAACAUUUGAAACCACAACUGCAUCAGCAUUUGGGAUAUUUGAAACAUUGACACUUACUGUAGUAUUUUAUUGAAGUUUGGUAUAACUUAAGAAUAUGUAUUGGGGAGAAAAUAUGUUGAAAGGUUGUAUAAAAGAAAGUUUACUGUGUAUAUUAUUGGAUGUUCUCUUUUUUUAUUAGGGAAAUGUCCUGUGAUGCGUACAGUGGAAGAACUUGUAUGUGACUGCUACCCAGUCAGCCACAGGAAAGUCUGUGUUAUGAGGUUAUGAUACUUUAAUGAGCUGGUUGGCUGGAGGCACUUUAUGAGUUUUCCUGUCUCAUCAUUCAAACUCUGUGAUCAGAUGUUUCCCCCAGCAAGUGGUGAAGCUGUCAGGAGGCUGGUUUACUGAGAUGGAGCAUUCGAAACUUAGCAGUAUAAUGUUGUUUGAAACAUUUCCUGAGUUUCUGGUUAUUUUGUUAUCUGGGUUCAUUCUCAUGUGUAAGGCUAAUAAAGUGUAGAAUACAUACUUUAUUAGAAGGUAAGAAAUAUAUUGUGUUCAAAGGGCAGCUCUACAGUUCAAUAAGCAGGAAAAAAAGCCAAGAUUCAGAACAGUAGAAAGCAGAACUUAGGAUACAAACCUACCUACCAAGCAUUAUUCAUCAACUUAUUGUUGUAUUCUGUUUCAUAAAGAUGCUAUACACACCUCAUAUAUGUAUGAUAUUACAUGAUGGAACUAUGGAAAAUAAAAGUAUAAUAAAGGAACGAUGAUGACAAACUUGGGAUAUAUGCUUUGUAGAGGCAAUAUGUUGUGAAAAAUAACACUAAAAAGGUUGUUUUUCUGCCAGUAUUUUGCAUUUUACUGUAACUUGUUCUCAACUUCUAAUUAUUUUUGGUUAUACACUUGUUGAUUUUUUUCAAGUAAGUAGAUAAAGUU